CUCGGGUCCACCCUUUUAACGGAUAAAAACCCUCUCUGGACUCAUCUUCUUCCUCUCGCUACUGAAUCUUAACCCGACCCGAAUUCCGACUGCAAUUUCCCCAAAAUCAUUGUCUCCUUUUCCGGAAUGGCCCCUACAAAUCCCGAAACCUGGACCCACGAACCCUCAAUUAUCAAGGAGAACGAACUUCGAGAGAUGGUCGCGCUCCUGGGCAAAGGCUUCCGGGUCUGCCAUCCCGAUGCCGUUGGGGGAAUCAGUUUAUCUUACAACCCGAAUCCCCAAAAAUAUAUGGUCAUGCAUUACCACUCCGUGGAGAAUGGAUUUAGGUUGCCCCUCCACGGCCUGCUCCGCGACCUCUGCCUCCAUUUCGGAUUUGCUCCGGGUCAAUUGACUGCCAACGCGCACAAGUACGUUGCGUCCUUCAUCUUGCGGUGCUGUGCCCUGGACAAAACCCCGAAACUGGACGAAUUCCUUCUCCUCUUCAGUAUCGGUGGUUUCCCCUUUUACAGCCUAUACCCCCAUAACCAUUUUCCCAUUUUUGAGAAGGUUGAGCUCAAGAUCGACAGAUGGUCACUGAAAUACUUCGUUAUUGAGUUUCCGGCUCACAGUCCCAUCGAUCUGCCGGGUGUUGUCCUCCGCCGUUCCAUUUCCCGGACGAAAUUCGCCACAGCAGACUUGGCGGAGGGAGUGUAUAAUGCAUUGAAGGAGAAGGAGGGUUUAAUUUCCCACCACUCUCUCCAAGAUGCUAAACUGUACAAGAAGGCAGGUUUUUACUACCCUCUAGGUCCUAACCUGAUUCCCUUUGAGGGGGUGCCUUCUCCUGAGAGAUCGAAGGCUUCUCCUGUUGCAGAGUCUACCCCGGCUGCGAGCUCUUCCAGGGACCAACCCCAAGGCAACUCCACAGCCUUAACUAUCUGCAAACCGGCUAUCGCCUUGGAGGUCACUCCCAUCUCUGCCAUCCCUGGGCUUAGGAGACCUAUUCCAUCCCAGAAACGACCAAGAGAGGGAGUCACUAAUGAUGACUUCCUACCAAAGAAGAAUAGGGGUGAUAGUAUCUCUGUUUCGCCCAGCCCUCCCUCAACCUCUUCUGGUCCUCAGAACACUUCUUCUGCUGCCACUCUCGGAAGUUUAGGGCUGGAGUUACCCAACCCGGAAAGUCUGGAUCAUGAGGCAGAUGAACUUCCAGGCCAGGCGUCACUCACAAGACCAGCGGUGCAACCUCAGCUUGAUACAAACGAUCCCCUCCCUCAAACUGCAUCUGCCCCCCUAGAACUGGAGGAAGAAGCUGAGGGACAGCAGGAACCAGAGUCUUCUCCUGCAGUGGAAAAGGAAGUUGAAGUGCAGACAGAAACGGAAAUCCCCUCCCCAAAGGAGGAUGAGGUUGGAGAGCAGAGGGACGCUGAAGCUCCUUCAGAGAUGGAGAGAGAGACUGAGAAACGACCAGAGCCGGAGGGACAGUGUUCUACGGCCUCACUCCCGGCUCCUAAUAUCCCCAUCCGGCGCAAGUUCACGUCGCUGACCUAUCUCGUUUUUACGGAAGGCUGGGAAAGCUUCUCCCGCGGUUUGAGGUCCCUUCAGGCCUCCCAUUGGACCAUCCAGGAAAACCUUGAGAGGAUGAGGGAAUCCGCGCGGGAGCCUACAGCUCCCCAGGCUUGCCCCGACCUGCUUGCCCUCAAUGCCCUGCACCUCAUGGAGCAGGCCCAGCAGUCGCUCCUUACCCUGACUGAGGAGUACAUAGGUGGAGCAUCUGGAAACUUUCGGGCUGUUGUGCUCCUGAGGGAGAGGGAUCUGGUUGCCAGGGCCUUGCAGCAGAAGAUCAACUCCCUGGAACAACAGGUCCGGGUCCUGCAAGAAGAGAAUGCUCGGCUCAAGGUAGAUGGCCCAAUGGAGCUUGCAGCUGAGAGAUCCAAGGCCCAGUCCUUGCAAGAGCAGAUUGCCAAUUUCCAAAAGGAGACCCAGGAUCUAGAAGUGCAGUUUGACAGAUUCCGGGCACAAAUCUCCCUCCUGGAAUCAAGGGUCUCAGCUUCAGAGGGCCAGGUAGGAAGCCUGGAAGCUGAGUUGACUGAAAGGGAAUCCCGGAUCUCUGAGCUGGAGAAUUCCCUCCAGGUGGCCAAGUAUGAGGGUUCCCGUCUUAACGAACUCGCGUUGAAGCACAUGGAGGCGAGACGGCUUACCCUCGAGAAGUUGAAGGAAGAGAGACAAACUGCAAGCGAGCUCCGGUCAAAGAAGGAUGAACUGGAGAAGGCUAUUGCUGCCCAUCAAGAGGAAGUUGCAGGCCUGACUGCCUGUGCUGAAGCCCUUUAUGAAGAGGGGAAAUUUGACAUGCAACACUGCAUUUAUGAGGCCAUCCAGAGUGGUCUUCCAGCUCACCGAUCCUUGGAUGAUUUCAUCUCAUACUACGGUUUACCUCUUCCUCUUUCUCCCCCGGAUUCUCGUGUGGACCCAGGAGUUGUCUUUAUUGAUCUUACUAUUUCUGAUUCUUCUUUUGAUUCUUCUUCGUUGGCAUUCCCUUCACUUGGGUCCCCAACACCUGAGCUCUCUUCUGGGCCUUCUCUUGCCUCUGAACAAUUGGUAACCUCUCCCUUGCCUAGAGAAGAGAAUAACCCUCAUCACCGCCCACAGGCAUCGGGGAGUGUUCCUCCGGGUCCCGACGUGCUUCCUAACGGUGCCAGGGCGGAAGUUUCUUCUGGCUGUCCUGGCACUUCUCGUCCGCAGAAGAGACGCAAUCCCCACUCAGGAGCUUCCGGGCUGGUCUCCGGUGCGAGGCCUUCUUCUCAGGGUUCUCCCCUUCCUCAGCAGUCAUAUGCACAGCAGCUUGAGGAGUGGGGGGACUAUGACAUGGGAGGAAACAGGCUCCCAUUUAUACGCAGGGAAAAGGAUGGGACCUUCCGGGAUCCGCCUCCUCCUCCCGUAUAAGGGGAGAUAGGCCUGGAGUCCUUCCCUCAUGCCCUAGCGCCCUCUCUGUCCGCCUUCAUGGGAAUGACUGGAUGAAAUAAAAAAAAAAGGAAAAAACUAAUUGCACCAAAGUUCAACAAAAAAACUAUAAAAAUGAACACAAGAAAAGAACAGCGGGGGUUUCGGAUGCAAGAUCUGAACCCCCUAGGGUUAUUACCCUUUGGUUUUAGCUCUGAUUUUCUUCUUGAUUGGUGGUGGUGAUGAUCUUCGCAGCCCUCCCUCAAUUUAUAGGUGCUCUUCGUCUCUUCCGUCUUCGAUUAGGACUUCCUUGUGCGCUGCAAUUCUUGCUGCGGUUUCUCCGGCUCCAGCUGUGCUUGAAGAAGCCGUCCCAACGUAGGAGAGGGAGUCUUCGGCUCUUCUAUCUCACACGUAUCUCUCUUUUUUUUUUCUCCUUUUUUACGCAGCUUUUCUCAACUUAUGAGGUGGACCUCUGGGCUUUGUCAUCUUGGGCCUGGAUUUCCUUUGAGACCAUAAGUCGGGGUAGAGCCCAACUUGAUUGCUUUCAGAUUUUCAGCCCACACUUCAUGCUCAAAAGAUAUAUCUAAUAACUUUUGUCAAGGAGAAUUUGGGUCCAAAACAAUAAUAUUCAAAAAUAAACUGAAAAGUGUACAUUAUGAACAUAUUUUAUAAAAGAUACCUAGAAUGCAAAUAUAAUCAUUUAUGUGUAAAAAUGCACUUUUUAAUGCCCAAAAAUACUGAUUUGGUAGAGAAUAAUUAGUGAAUAUUUUGGACUCAACAAAUACCCCCACACUUAGCUUCUUGCACGCCCUCGUGCAAAGUAGAUAUAACAGACAGAUUCUUAUACUUUUACUUCUCAAAACUGAACUUGCUAGAGGUGUAUGACCCUGUCAAAACUUAAUAUUGGCUCAACUUGACACAGAAUCUUCCUUAAAUUUCUAACAAGAAUAGCCCAACCAUUAACUUAAGAGAAAUUUAUUUAAACAUUCAAUUAGAAGACUUAUUCAAGCAAAACUUGUUAAAUCACUUAGAUUGCUCCAUGUUUAAAAACAUUCCUUUCCCAAAUCAGUAACAUAAUCAAGGAUUAAUUCUAAAUGACAUUCAAUGAAACUAUUCUUUCAAGGUCUUAAAGAAGAGAAAAAAAAGUGUUUUUUGAAUAAGUCCCUUAAGGAUGAAAAAAUCAGCUAGAGUAAGGUAGAGUAGCUAGUAAAAAGAAAAAGAAAAGGAAUUCGUGAUCAAUUUAGGAAGUCAUCACUUACUUACUCAAGCGUUGUUUGGCCAAACAUGGUGCACAACUAGGCUAAAUCCUACAUUAAGGCAUGCUUCGUUGCACAGGCAAUGCGGCUAAAUGUCCCCAGGCCAGUUCAGAUUUAUUCAAUGAAGUAUAUUUUUUUUU